CUCCCUGCGACCGCUACACACCGACGCGAGCACUGCCACCAACACGCACACACGUACACACACAUACGCACACACAUACCUGGCCGUCACACUUACCUGCUCUACCGCACCUGCUUGCCUUCAGACGGGCAUCGGCAACCCAAGCAGGCAUGGCGAGGCGCGGCGCUGGGAGUGUGGCAGUGAGGAACAGAAAGUGAAGUAUUCCCUAAAAUUCCUGGACAAGUUGGCUAGAAAAGCGAUCGAGUGUGCGUGCGUUCGUGAGUGCGUGCGGGCGUUUGUGAAGGGGGAAGAAGGGAAGAAACACACCUGCCAUUACGAGAAACACACCUGUCCGAAGCACCGUGUCGCGCCACUGAACUGUAGGAGUGUGAACUGAAGUGAACUAACUGUCUUACUGUGAACCGGAGGGGGAAAGACAGACAGACACAUACACACACACACACACACACACACACACACACACACACACACACACACACACACACACACACACACACACACACACACUUAAACACUUUCACUUCCUCACGCCUAAGUUACAAUCAUGGCACUAGACACACCACACCCCCGCCCACCUCCUCCUUCUCUUCCUCCUUCGCCUUCCUCUCCUCUUCCGCCGAUAAGUGAAUGAGGGAGGAAGAUUUACGAAGUGCGGAGGUGUAGGCGCCGAAAACAAAUGACAGCAAUGCGUGGGCGAGUGAUUCCGUGAUUCCUGUGUCGUGAUUCCCAGUGUAGCGUGAAGAGAGAGAAGGAGAGAGGAGAUAAAUAGGAAGAGAGAGAAAGAGGGAUAGAUUUACACCUCACCACCCCUCGCUUUGAAGAUCCAGCAGGGAAGACGAGUGACGUAACGUGUCUGUGCUUGUUUCGUUUCUAGGAUUGCGUCACUCUUUUCGUGAGUCGCCGUGAGUCUUUCCCUCCCCGCGUCACGUUUGUCUCCUUCGCCACCACGCCGCCUCUCGCCCGCUCCAGAAGAAGGAUGAGCCUCUACGAAGGACUCCCUCCCUCCCUCCUGCAGGACAAAUAGGUGGUAUAAAUUGGAAUGGCUCGUAGCGGUGACAGAAAACGCGAGGUAGUGGAGUCUUUCCUUCUCGCUUCCCUCUCCGCCUUCUCCAUCACCCUCACAGCCGCCACCGCAGUCUCCACCUCCACCUCCACCUCCACCGCGCCUCCACAAGCCUCCACCACCACGCCGAGCCUCUUCUCCAGUGUGGCCGAGUCUGAGGAUGACCACUAUGGGUCGCUGGUGGCUGUGACGGCGGUGCGCGGGGCCACUGCCAAGCUGCCCUGCGAUGUGAGCUCCAUCAACCCAGACGACCCUGUGCUGCUGGUGCUGUGGUACAAGAACGCCUCCCUCACACCCGUCUACAGUUUCGACUCACGGCGGAGAGAGGAGAGGAUUAGUACCUCCUCGUGGGCGGCUGGGCGUGGAAGGCAGUGGGCGGACGAGUGGGUGUGGGGGAAAGGGCGCAGGGUGUGGUUCGAUGCCUCCACCUCCCCCGCCCACCUGGUCGUGCAGCCCGUGGGGGGAAGGGACGAAGGAAAUUACAGGUGCAAGGUGCAUUUCAGAUCCUCCCCCUCGUGGUCACAGAAGAUAACACUAACGGUGAAAGACCCUCCAGGAUACCCACGCCUUCAGGAUCCAUCAGGGCGUCGUCUGGAGGGUCCCAUAGGUCCGUACAACCAAGGCACGACCGUCACCCUCAUCUGCCUGGCGUCGGGAGAUCCCCGUCCGGGCCUUGUGUGGGGUGGGGACGCGCUCACGGUAGGGAAGGCAGGGAAGAUGGGUGAAGGAGGCGCAGCAGGAAUCGCAGGGCAAAGUAGAGCGGUCCUGCAGGUUGUGGCAAGCAGGCAGACCUCAGGAGCUAAUAUUACGUGCUCCACAACCGCCUCUGUCAUUCCUUCUACUCCAUCGGAUGUUAUCGUCAUUACAUCCACUUCCCCCACGCAAGAUGUGUCCUCUGUUCCACCUUCUACUACUAUUACUAUUACUCCUACUACUACUACUACUAUCAGCCUAUCCACGCCUUUUUCACCCGUUUCAUCCACUACUACUGCCAGUACUACUACUACAACGACUACUACUGCUGCAUCCUCGACAUCACCCAACACCAACGCCACCACUACAUCCGAAGCAGUCUCCGCCGCAGCUGCCAUCACCACCACCACCACCAUAACACACACCGUCAACGCUAUUCUCACCGUUAACCUGCCUCCUACGAGUGUGAGGCUGCGGGCGGCGGUGGGGUCUGAGGCGUGGGUGAUCGGGGGGCAGCAGUCUACCUUCACGUGCAGAGUGGAGGGCGCCUUCCCGCAGCCCAUCGUGCGCUGGUCUCUGGGCCGCAGGGAGCUCACCACGCAGCAGUAUCCAGUGGUGGUGGAGGCAGGUGUUCUCGAAAGCCAGGUGGUGCUCACUCCAGAGGCGGGGGACCAUGGGGCGGCCCUCACCUGUUCAGCACACAGCCCACACCUUCCCCAGGCUGCCCUGCAAGAUCAUAUCACCCUUACUGUGCACUUCGUUCCCGUGGCAAGGCUGAGGGCGACUGGGCUGGAUGGAGACAACAUUACAGUGAGCGAGGGAGAUAACGUGAGUCUCGUGUGCCACCUGCAAGCCAACCCCAGCGUCUACAACGUCACCUGGUUUCACAACGGUCGUGCCGUGUUCCGUGGGGUGGAAGGCGCGAGGAUGGAAGUGCGGCAGGUAAGGCCAGUGCACCGUGGUCUGUACACCUGCCUCGCCAGCAAUCAAGUGGGCGACGGUCAUAGCAACGCAGUCAACCUCAACGUUAUGUUCCGGCCAGUGUGUGCUGCCAACCAGACACUGCAGUACAGGAGAGUAAGAGGAGAGGCGCUAACUAUAGUGUGCUCCUUGCUGGCGUAUCCCCCGACCUUAGUCUAUACGUGGGCCAUUAAAAAGACGCCAGACAGUUCCCCAGAGAGGUUGGCGAGCGUGGGACGGAAGGAAGGCCUCACAGGACGCUACACUCUUCCACGCCUUAAGGAGGAGCGAAGGGAGGAGCAGGUGGUGCAAUGCUGGGCCCGCAACACUGAGGGAACGCAACUUUAUCCCUGUAACUUCACCAUCUUCACGCAGAUUUGA